CGUGGAGCAUUUUACUAAAUUUAAAUUUCAGUUAAAUGUUAAUGCUCAGUUAAUUCAAUAUUAAUUUAGACUAGAUGUCGAUCUAGAUUAGGUAAUCUAUCGUUUUGGGUACGUAAAAUCGCCCGCGAUUUGUAAUGUGAAAAACAGAAGGCCAGUCAAGGGAAAUAACUAGCAAUGCUGCUGAGACUUUUAUUAAUUGUGUUAACAGUUCUAGUGGUGGCCAUAGCCAUCAUAGGCUACACCCCAAUGCCUGAUGGACUUCAAGAUCCACACAAAACACAAAUACUCAUGGGGGUUAUGAAGAUUAUGUUCUUUGUAAUGAAUCUUAAACAAAUAUUUGGCUACGAGAGUUGGCACAACAACUUGAGGAACUUCCAGGGUGAGAUAACUCUAGAAGGGGAUCUACCAUCAGCCAAGUACGGGGAUGUAAAGGUGACUAGGGAUAGAGUAGCCAAUGUCCCUGUGAUUGUAUACAGACCCCACACUGCAGAGGAGCUGUCUCCUGCACUUAUAUUCUUCCAUGGUGGAGGCUGGGUCCUAGGCACUGCUGAUGAAUGGGACCUUAAUGCUUAUCAUUAUGCCAAGGAAGCAAAUAUUAUUGUCAUCAAUGUUGACUAUCGCCGUGCACCAGUGUAUCCGUUCCCUAUCCCAGCUCAGGAUUGCUUGGAGGUGACGCAAUACGUGCUGCGUCAUGGAAAAACUUUUGGGAUUGAUGUCAACAAAGUUGGGGUGGGUGGUGACAGUGCAGGUGGUAAUUUAGCUGCUGUAGUGGCCUUGACCCUGGCCAAAGAAGAAUCUGACCUUCCACCUCUCAAGUACCAAGUUCUGUCCUACCCAGCCCUGCAGGCUCUAGACUUCAGACUACCUGCCUAUGUGGACAACAGCAACACCAUGCCCAUACUGACAGCCAAGUCGAUGGCUGUGUUCUACGUUCUUUACCUCGGACUAGAUGAUAAAAAUGCAGAACAUUACGCUAAAAUACUGAUGGAAAACAGACAUAUUUCGCCGGAGUUUAAAAAGUCCAAAUAUUCUGAAUACGUCGAUGUCGAAUUCCUGCCCAAGAUGUUCAGAACCCCAAACAAGACAGCCCCUGUUGUCACAGAACCCUAUGACCCCCAAGUUGCAGCCAAAGUUGAACCAAUCAUUGUCAAUCCUCUCUUCUCUCCCCUGAUGGCGCCAGACCUGUCUGGGUUACCUCCCGCUUAUGUUCAUGCUUGUGAGUUUGAUGUACUACGUGAUGAUGCCUUGCUGUACGCCAGGAGGCUUCUAGACGCUGGGGUUAUGGUUAAAACACAUAUUGGGUAUGGCGGUUACCAUGCCGACACUGUGAAAAUGAUCCCUGAAAUUUUACAAUCACAAAGUGGGAAAACGGCUUUUACCUUGGCUUGUGAUUUCAUAAAAUCCAUGGUAAAAAACUAAACAAAAAACCAUGGUAAAACAAAAAAAAAAAGGUCAAAAAAGUUAAACAAAAGCCAUGGUCAGAAAAUGUACAAAAACCAUUCUAACAAACCCAACAAAAACCCCAGGGAAAAAACUUAAUAUUUAUUCUAUCAUUCGAACUAUUAUAAAAAAACAAAAGCUAUAUAAAUAUUAAUAACCCAGGUAAAGAAACAAGAAAUUGUUUGUCCAACUUGAAAAAAAAUCAAGGUAAAAAGCAAAAAAACAAUUAAAGUUCGAUAAAGUUCAAUCCAUCGUAAAAGACAACUCCCAUCAAAUGUGGUAAAAGUUGAUUUAAUAAAAGAUUUUAUGCUAGAGCUUGGUUGAUAGAAUGAAAUGCACUAAAGGUUUUCUUAACCAGUCAUUACCUAAAUAACAAUUCCGAGGUCUGUGUCACCUAGGCUAAGGGAGAGAAUAAAAAAAAUUAACUAAAAAAACUUUCAGACAUACACUUGUCAAACUUUUACAGUAGUACUAAUGUUUCUACUGCUAUAAUACAGCAUAUAAUUUGUUGGGUAUAUGUAUACCAAACAUUUCUUAUAAAACUUAGUUUACUUAUAUUUUUAUACAUUUCUAAAUUUAUUGUAAAUAAUUUUACGAAACCAUACAAACACCAUUUAAAAAUUGGUAUAAAGUUUCGAUAUGUUUAUAUCCGCUCAUUUAGUACAUGGUGUCUUUUUAGAAAAUUAUAUAAUUACCAUCAAAUUGGUCCAAUUUUAUAAUUAAUUAAUAUUGUCACAAUGAAAAUCUGGUAAUUCCAGCCAUAGGUUGACUUUCUCUUAUGUGCUGUUUUAUAGCUCCUUGAUUAAAACUACUAUUGUAAAAAAAAUGUAUGUGUGUUGUAUAAUAGUUGUUUUUUGGGUGAAUUUUUUCAGCAAUUCUCCAUUGUCUGGGUGGUACUGCCGCCUUAUUUAUCUACAAGGCAUAAGCUUAGUUUUUGAUAACAUAAACAUAACUGCUUUAAAAAAUGAAUUUUAAUCUUCAGCUGUCCAUUGUUUGCAAAAAAGGAAGUUUAUAUACCUACUUUUAUUACUAAUUAAUUAUAUGCCUAUUAUUAUUCAUAGAUUCACACUAAUUUGUAUCCAAUAAUAUUUCAAACAAAUUAGUAGAUUUUGAGACUCGUGAGCUUAAAUAUAGAAAUACGUGCCGCUAUUAGGUUGUUUUAUUUUCUACUUUUCAGUAAUUUAUAAUUUGUGAAUACUACAGUACCAAGGCUGCCACUGAAAAUAUUUGCUUUAAAACACUAUCAGAUGGUGUUAAGGACGAUACCCCCAUCUUUCCCCCUACCCCUACCCCACCCUCCACCCCCCUUUAAAGCAAACUACUCUUAGUUACCUCCCCUAAGUUUAAAAUAGUUUCAAACAAAAUUAUCUGCCCCUAAUAGCCAUCACUAAACCCGGCUCUACGAUUGUUAACAUUUAGCGUGAACCACAGUUCAUCAGACCAUGUAAGGGUGGGGGUGGUAAGGAGCGCACUUACAGCUUGGUGUUUUCCUAGUCUCCAAGAAGAGAAUCAUAUAUAUAGAUUUGAUUAUGCAUUUAUAUUUCAAGAGCUUGUAUUGUGCUUUUAAUACUCAUUUACAUUUUGAGCUCAGACAUAUAUAUAUAUAUAUAUCUAUAUAUAACUAUAUCUAUCUAUCUGUCUAUAUAUCUAUCUAUAUAUAUAUAGAGAGAGAGAUAUAGAUAUAGAGUUAUAAUAAGUGUGUAUAAAUGUAAGUUAUUUCUUUUUUGUUAAUUAUUAUGUUACUUUUAUGUUGAAUCCAGGUUUUUAUAAGGAAUAUUGUCACAAAUGUUUUGAUAUAUGGGAUUUUAAAAAAAAAGUGUUGUUUUCUGGAGCUAAUCCUAGAUCUUUCACUAAUUAUUGCAGAAGUACUGAGUUGAUAAAUUAUUCUUUUUUCAAAAAUUAAGGAAAAAAAUAAUCAUACAUAACUAUUUUAAAGGGAGAGAAUGAUGUAAGGGAAAUAAUGGUACAUUAAGAUUUGCUUGUUUCGUUAUUACUUUUGCACGAGAAAGUCACUAUAUUAAAAGCAACAAUUUAUUCCUAAACCUCUUUUUAUUCGAACAAUUAUUUAGAAACUUUCAUAUCUUUGUUUUUGUAAUAUUGGCUGAAAAUUUAGAAAAAAAACUUUUUUUUAUCUGUAACAGGUUCCAAAAUAUAUUUUUUUAAUUUUAUGUUAAAAAAAAAAAGUUAUCCACUAAAGAUUGGUUGUUUUCCCUGAAAAAAAUACUGAGACCCUUUAAGUAACUUUCUAAAUGGGAGUUAUUUCCCUUGUAGAUUAAAAUAAUUAAACCCUGUUGUAGGAUUGGUUUGUGGUUUGGUUUAUUUCAAUUUCUGCUGUAGAGAGCAGAAAGAGGCUUGUCAGAAACUAUCUACCAAGUUGAUGAAAGCUUCACAUUAGUGGUAUUAUUUAACAUGACACAUUUUGUCAAUGAAUAGUUAUUUCCCUUUAAAGGAACAUUUAAUUAUUAGAAAUAUUUUUGCCAAAUACCUUCAUGUUUCAAAUUUGAUUCCUUUUUUAAUGUUUUUAUUUCAGAUUGUAGCCUAGCAACUGCAGAUUUUUUGUGUUUAAUAUAUAAUUCAUCAUUUAAGAUUUUUUUUUAUUGUAACCCAUUGAAUCUUAUCCUUGUUAUAGUUUAUAGUUUUUUAAUAUAUAUGUAACACAAUUUUUUAUACAUUUUAAAAGCAAGACAUUGUAAGCAAUUCCAUUCCAAGUUAUUAUUUAAUUUGCAUAAAACUGCCUUUUGUCC